AUGGAUAUCCUAACCCUUUCAUGCGUCUGCAAAGCCCUGGCAGGGAUAAACAAUUGGAAAUGCUUUUUUGAUGUCACCAUCGGCGGAAGCCCUGCCGGCCGUAUCACCAUGGAGUUGACUGACAACACCCCCAAGACCUCAGAGAACUUCCGUGCCCUCUGCACUGGAGAGAAGGGAUUCGGCUACAAGGGCUGCCCCUUCCACCGCAUCAUCCCCAACUUCAUGAUCCAGGGAGGAGACUUCACCAACAAGAACGGAACUGGUGGCAAGUCUAUCUACGGCAACAAGUUUGAGGAUGAGAACUUCAUCAACAAGCACACUGGACCCGGCAUCUUGUCCAUGGCCAACGCUGGACCCAACACCAACGGAUCCCAGUUCUUCCUCUGCACCGUCAAGACUGACUGGCUUGACAACAAGCACGUUGUCUUCGGUAAGGUUGUUGAUGGCAUGGAUGUCGUCAAGAAGCUCGAGGCUGUCGGCUCCCAGAGCGGCAAGACCAGCGCCGAGGCUGUCAUCAGCGACUGCGGCCAGCUCUAA